UCCCUGCAAUUUGUUUUAAAAUUCGUUUCAUGAUAGCUUUCAAAAUACAGCGAGUCAAGAUAGUUCAUCAAAGAUGAGAAUCCCACCUAAUUCUCCGUCGAUAUCGAACACCUCUAUUCAAAUCUCGAAAAAGCUUUCGGACAACGAUAUUGGUCAUCCAUUUACAAAAGAAACAAUAGCAAUAAACGGCUGUGUGAUCACUAGUGGAAAUUUGAAUUUGCAACACUUGAGCCUAAGUUUUAAUCGCCUGACAAAUAAGACGUUGAAAAAACUGGUGUCAUGUCUGCACUAUCAGAAUUAUAUGCUAUUAGGUAAUUACAGCAGAGGGUUGCUACAUGUAUUUUUGGAGGAUAAUGACAUCGAGAAGGAUGAAGACUGGAUAACGUUUCAAGAACUUUUGUGUCGCAGACGACAGAAGGAUCAAACGAUUCGAGAUGUGGACUUUAAAGACCUCAAAGAUUCCAUCGUAUCGGUUGAAAGCGAAAUCUUACGGGACAAAAUCAGUGGAUUCCAUACAUUUAAAUCUGACUCGUGAUUCUCCAACUGAGCUCAUCACACAUAUGGGGUGG